UGAUACACAGACACAAUGCACUGUAACUCUUUUCCUUCCCCCCAGUAACCUCGAAAGUUUCUGUAGCUAAUUCAUUAAAUGGCUGAGAGAGCAGCUAUAAUAUCAAGAGAAGAAGAGGAGAUCCAAAACAGCAGUGAUGAUGAAGACAGGUUUCCGACUCAAGUUGCUGUAACAGCAUCCCCUGGUUGCUCUGCCAGCUCUUUGUUAGACAGCCUUGAUGAAGACAAAGGAAGCUCAGCAGUGCCACAAAGACUCUCUGUCCUCUCCAGCAGGGCAGUGGCCCAGCUAAAAGCCCCAGCUGGCCCAGAGAUGGGUUGUGGUGGCUGGGCACAGAGGACAGCUGCUGGGCUGGCUGAGCAUCCUCUGGCAGCUGUAGCUACAUCCUUAGGUGCCUCCUCAUGCCCUGCAGCAGUUGGUAACCUGCUGCCCAUGGGCCUUGCCUCCCUGUGUGCCAAAAGUCCCUGCUGUGAUGGCAAACUGAGCUCAGAGGCGCUGCAGACCCCAAGGGUGCCUGGUGAGGCCAGCGAGGCCCUGCAGGCAGGGACUGGCGCUGAGAGCAACAUGGCCUCUUGCAGUUUGAGCCAUGUGAUUUGGAUGAAGACCACAACAGUAACAGAAACCUUGGAAAAUAAGAAAAAGGAGGAAAAGGAGAAGUACCGGCUCCAGCUAGCAAUGUACCGACGGCUCCUGCUGUUGCGCUCCAUCAGGAGUUUGCAUAGGCAGCUGGAGCAGCAGCAGGCCAGGCUGCAGGAAUGCUAUGGCACGGUGAUAAAUACAAAGAAAGAAGUGUUGAAACACAUUUGCCCAACCUCGCCCUCACCUUCGCCGUAA